AUGACCAUAAAACCUGAGACUGUGAGCCACGUGGCAGAGAAGUUCUCUCCAUUUCCCUCACCCUCCUCCUGCCCUCCGCCCUGGCAGCCCUUCCCAAUAAAGUCCGUUGCUUGGACAGCACUCCUCUCCUCGGACAAUUCACUUCCAAGUGUCAGACAGGAACCCACUCUCAAGCCCUGGAAGGGAUCCCCCUUCCUUCAUCAAAACCACAAUCCAGGAGAAAACAUCUUCAAAAUGCUAUCUUGUAGAGAAGGAAAUGGCACCCUCUCCAGUAUUCUGGCCUCAGAAAUCCUGGGGACAGAGGAGCUUGGUGGACUACAGUCCAACAGCAGGGCAUUCUAA